CCUCGUCAUUUUACUGCAACCUCUGUGCAACCUAGGCCUACCUCAAGAUGAACGUGAAAAUUCUGCUAUGUCUGUGCGCACUGGCACUGGCUUCGGCUUCAGCCCAAAGACCUUUUGGCGGCUUCGGAGGACGUCCGCCUUUCCAGGGACAGAACGGAGGUUUCGGACGACCCCCACCAGGCUUCCCGGGGCAGAACGGAGGUUUCGGACGACCCCCACCAGGUUUCCCGGGGCAGAACGGAGGUUUCGGACGACCCCCACCAGGCUUCUUGGGUCAAAAUGGCGGUCAAUUUGGAUUUCGACCUUUCGGCUAAAAUAUCCUUCGUGAAACCCGGAUGAAACUCGACCGCAGAUUUUGGACCUAUGGAUCGUUCUCCUUGUAUGCUUAAAUAAAGUGGAAAAUAUG